CCUCACUCAUCAGCCAUGAGUCGGGGCAGAGGAAUGGCUGAGCCUUCUGCGAUAGAUCCGAGGGACAUAGCGCUUGUCAGCAUCCACUUCUCAUUCGCCGACACCCUGUCGGAGGACGGCAUCUACAGCAAAGACGCCAAGACAAAGGUGCGCAGGAGUGCCGUGCCCGACGUACGCUGCCUGAGAGUGUGCAUCCGUCCUGUUGCACCCGUGCAUGCAGGCAUUCCACAUUCUCAACGUGCAGAGAUGCACCAAGCAGAUCUUCCUCUACGGGAAGAGUGGCCGGCCCGCCUGGGAGGCCAUGACGCGGCUGCUGACGCACAACGACCAUGCGCUCCUCAAGGUGCUCUUUGCCGCCUUCCUCGAUGCAUCCAUGCCGGAGCACCAAAUGUAAGCGCAAUCAAGGCAUGAUCGGGCGUAUCUGUGCGCGGUGAGUGUGCUUUCUGCGUGUGUGGUGGUCCAUUCAGUGCUGCCUGGGGCGCAUUUUCGGUGCUAUUUCUGCUAGAUUGGAUGCUGGCUGGGUAGCGUCGGAGCUCAUGGCCAUUGUGGGGGGCUUUGAGCCGUUCUGCCGGGUGGUGGCGGAGGUGGACAGAGGGCAACACAAACCAUACCAGCUCCGUGUCACAAGUAAGCCCAUAGCGGAUUCAAGGCACCUCAUGAUGUGUGUGAUGCUUGUGUGUAUGCAGUGUGCCAUUGCCUCUCUCGCGCUCACGGUAUGCGCGGGCAGGCCUCAGGCUGCUGCAAGGAAAAGACCCAUGAUUUGCAUGUCUGUGCGGCUGUGUGUAUUUGCUGCAGGCAGGUGUGGCCCACGGCGACGCUCUCAUAUCUGAGUCGUCCCUUGUGGAGCGCCUGGCGCCCCUCUUGCCCUCCGACCUGGCCACAAAGGGCAUGACCCUCCAGCAGCUGGCGCCUCUCGUGGACGCUGCCGGCCUCCGCCCGUCGACACACUUGGCCGCUGACAGCUCAGUGGAGGCCUUCCGUGAUGCGUGCUGCGCGUCGCUGCGGCGGGGGGUGCCGGUCAUCGUCAACUAUGACAUGACCUGCCUGGGGCAAGAAGGGGUCAGUGCGACUGCACCACGGGCGCAGGAAUGCGUGUAUGUCUGUCUGUCUGUCUGUCUGUCUGUCUGUGUGCUUGUGUGCAGGUGGGUGGCCAUUUCUCGGUGGUGGGUGCGUAUGCGCCGAGCUGCGAUCGUUUCCUUUUGCUGGAUGUGUGGCCGGAGACGCCGCUCGUGUGGGCGACGGCAAGUCAGCUGUAUGCUGCCAUGGACACCAUCGAUGGGGAUAGCGGGAGGAGCAGGGGUUUUGUCACUGUCGAGCGGAAGGAUGGGCCAGGCAGGCAGUCAGAUUGAGCGCUCCGUGCGUCUUUGUGACAAAGCGACAGAGGCCGUCAGGUCUGUGUGAGUUUGUGGAUAGGGCUUCUCCUGCCUGUGAGUCUACUUGAUGAGCAGCAUGAGCAGAUGGAUGGAUGGAUGGAUGCAGCGGACAUGGCUUCGAUCAACGCAACGAUGCAGAGCGAAUGCGGCCAUUGAAACUGACACUCCACACUGUUUUCAACCAUCAACUCUCGAGUCUAUGUACAAGUCCAGCAGGCAGG